ACUUGUUUUCAAAAAAUAGGAUAUAACUGACCAGAUGAACCAGGAGUUGUCCCAACUUCAGCCAAUCAAGUUCUUUGUUUGCAAAGUGGAUGAUCUUGUGAAAUUGUUAAGUCCAUUUGGUGGAAGAGAAAAACCAAAGAUCGAAUUUUCAACUCGUUUUAAGCAAAUCCAAUGUUAAUCCUUUACUCUUUUAGAAACUCUGGAAAAGUGAAGUUUCACACAAACCAACUCCAACUCAUUACAGUUGUUUCUUAUUUUACAAAAAUUUUGUGUUUGAAAAAUGAAUAAAUUUAUCUUAAUUUCGUUUUUGAUUAUAUUCAAUUGUGGCUUCGCGGUUUCGCACAUAAACAAUGAAACUGUAAAAACAAUUUUUGAAAUUAUUGCACCAUACUUUCGAAUAGACCGCUUGCAAGUUUUCAAAGGCCCCAAGUGCUUCUCAGAUUUAGGAUGCUUCGAAAAUAGGCAAACAUUUCAACACCCAAUUUUCCGACCAAUAUCCUUGUCUCCAGAAGAACCGGAAAAAAUUGAAACAAGAUUUUUUUUAUAUUCUAAGCCUGGUCAGAUAGUCCCACAACUAAUCAACCACAAUAAUAUAACAAGGAGUAAUUUCAACCCAAAAUUGCGAACCAUUUUUGCUGUUCAUGGAUUUUACUACGCCAAUUAUCUUGGUCAAUAUCAAAUAGAAUCAUUUCGCAAAUUGAAAAAAGCCUUGUUCAUCAAGGAAAAUAUUAAUUAUAUUUUCGUUGAUUGGGGCAAAGGAGCGUCAACAUGGUACGUCCAAGCCACAGCAAACACUCGAGUUGUUGGUGCUCAGCUUGCCCAAUUAGUUGAAAAAAUAAUUUUGAACUUCGGCGUUUCAAAAAAUAAAAUUUGGUUGAUUGGCCAUUCGUUAGGAGCACAUGUUGUUGGCUAUGCUGGUUCAAUUGUGAAAAACAUUGGCCGUAUCACUGGACUAGAUCCAGCUAAACCCUAUUUUGUUGGCAUGCCAAAUGAAGUCCGUUUGGAUGCUGGAGAUGCACUUUUUGUGGAUGUUAUCCACACCAAUGCACCGCAAAUUAGCCAGCCAUUUGGAUUUGGGACUCGGCAAAUACUUGGUCACGUCGACUUUUACCCAAAUGGUGGUAAUAAUCAGCCAGGGUGUAUAAAAGAAGAAAUUGCUGGUUUCUUCGAAUCUCUGCAAUAUGGACUGCAAAAAACUUCCAUAUGCAACCAUGAAAGAUCAAUUCAAAUGUUGGCGUCAGCAAUCGAUGUUAGUAAUUGUGAAAUGAUUGCACACAAGUGCGAUUCUUUCUUGGAUUUUAAACAAGGAAGUUGUUAUUUAUGUGGUCCAGAUGGACAAAACUGUGAAAUAAUUAAUAACCCAAGACCAGGGCAUCAACAAAAUCAAAGGUAUUUUUUGCUUACCAAUUCGGAGCCACCAUUCUGUGUCCAUCAUUACCGGAUUUCAAUCCAUUUAGGAGAUCUGCCAGCUUCAAUCAAACAAAUGGUUAUCUUUCAUUUGAAUUUAACCAGUUCUGGAGCUAAAGCUUUCGGCCACUCUGAGAAAAUCUCACUAAAGUCACAUGCAUCAUCUGCAUUUUUAAUAACAGGUGACCGUUUGAUCGAAGAUCAAAAUCUAAUGUUAGAAUUAUUUAUUGAAUCGGAAUUUCACCCCGGAACCAUAAAUAUUAGCCAUUUGGAGAUUACUCCAAUGUAUUAUUUGGAUGACAAAAUGAAGAUGAAAAAACAAAAACAUUUAAAAGAUUUGAAUAUUUUUAUAAACCAAAAAGUCAAAUUUAAGUUUUAGUUUUAAUUUAAAUAUGUUUGAUGUAUUUUACACCAAUCGUUUGAUUCAAAUUGUACUCUGGAAGCCCUAGCUUAAGUAUCCCAUUCUUCAAGUUCACGACAAUAAAUUGCUAAUCCAAAUUCA